AUGGUUACUGAAGGAACACCGUCGCAAGGAUCUGGUCAAAGGGAAGAGUCGGGUGAAAACCUAGACGUCCCAAAUGACCAGACGCGGUUUGCAGCGUUGGAACUACAGAGCUUGCCACGCCAAGACCUCUCGAAUCCAAACAGGGGUAAUGGGAAUCUGGAAGAGCAGGAUACUCAUCCUCCCCGACAUGAGACCGAAGUAGAACAAAGCCAGACCGAGGAGAUUUCCCACGUUGACCUAGAGAUGCAGGAUCUCAAGGCAAAGAUGGAGGGUGUGAUGCAGGCCAUGAAGGGAAAAGGUAUUGCAGCCAUAGAUGGUUUGGUGCAGAAGACCAAUUUGCCGUUCAGCCCCUCGGUUAUGAAAUGCCCUUUGCCAAGCAAAUUUAGAAUGCCCACAAUUGAGAGUUUCGACGGAACUAAAGAUCCCCUUGACCAGUUGGAGACUUUUCAGGCGCUUAUGCACCUACACGCGAUGCCGGAUGAGAUCAUGUGCAAGGCUUUCCCAACGACUCUCAAAGGAUCAGCACGGGUAUGGUUCAACAAACUAAAGCCAGGAACCAUCGAAACCUUUGAAGAAUUGAGUAAGGGCUUUAUGGGCCAUUUCAUUGCUGGCCAGAGGCAUAGAAGGCCGACUACCCACCUCCUCAUUGUGAAGCAACAGAAGGGAGAGUCACUGCGAGAUUAUAUUAGUCGUUUUAACACGGAGAUAUUACAGGUGGAGGAAGCGGAUGACAAGGUGGCCCUAGCCGCCUUCAUAGGAGGACUCCAAACCUCAAGAUUCCUCUUCUCCUUAUCAGAGGAACCUUCUACCAGUAUGGCCGAGUUAUUGAUCCAGGAUGAGCCAUAUUUGAAAUGGCCACCGAAGUUGAAGUCAGAUCCUGCAAGGAGACCUCGUGAUAAGUAUUGCAGGUUCCAUAAAGACCAUGGGCACGCUACAGAGGAUUGCUUCGACCUUAAGGAUCAGAUUGAGACUCUGAUCCGAAGGGGGCACAUGCGAAAGUUUAUUAUGAGGAAUGACAGAACCGACAUUAACCCACUAAGAGCAUGCCGAGACAACCGCCUUCCUGAUCAACAACCAAUAGGAGAGAUCAGGGUCAUAGCCGGGGGGUGUGCAGGAGGUGGAGAAUCGAGCUCAGCCCGUAAGGCCUAUGCUAGGAGAAUGCGAAGCUCAUCUGGUGUGCAAAGUAGGAGUACAGAUUCAACAUCCAAAGAUGCCUCGUUUAGGUGA